UAUAAACAAGCUUGGCCCUUCUUUUCUCCAGUCAUCAAAGAUAAAGUCCCAGAUUAUUACAAGGUCAUUGAAUCUCCAAUGGACCUAUCGCCAAUGAAAGAAAGGUUAGAGUAUAGUUUAUAUUCUCACUCAAAAGCCCAGGUCGACGAUCUCAAGUUGAUCUUUUGUAAUUCUCAGCAGUAUAAUAAUAUAACAACGGUCUAUGCCAAGUCUGCGUCCACACUGGAGAAAUACUUGUAUUCUCUGAUUAAAGAGAUACCGGGAUGGUUUGACUUACUGGAAGAUAAAUAUCUGCGCCCUAACUGUUCCCCUACAUGUCAGCCUACUGCUAAGUGA